AUAAAAGGGUCAAUUCUCCUAACUAAGUCUCAUUCAUUCAUUCAUUCAUACCUUCUUGUUAUAAUAAAAACUAUUCAAACUCUUCUAAAAAGGUCACUUUCUUCCUUCCAAAGCUUCUUCUAUGGAAACUAACACCAAUAACAUCAUUAAGAGAAGAACUACAACCAUGGAUCAAGAAUCAGACCAACAACAAUUCGAGGACUUGCUUCCGGUCAUGGCCGAGAAACUCGACGUGGAGACAUUCGUCUCCGAACUUUGUGGGGGUUUUAAACUCCUAGCAGACCCUGAAAAGGGCGUGAUCACGAGCGAGAGCCUGCGUAGGAACGCGGCUCUCCUCGGCAUGGAAGGGAUGAGCAUGGAGGAUGCUGAGGAUAUGGUAAGACAAGGUGAUCUUGAUGGUGAUGGAAAAUUGAAUGAGACUGAGUUUUGUAUACUUAUGGUUAGGCUUAGCCCUGGCAUGAUGGAAGAUGCUGAGUCAUGGCUUGAAAAAGCAAUUGAAGAAGAGCUAAGGAAAUUCUCAACUUAAAGAUUAAUUUAUAACAUGUAAGUUUAAUGAAGCUAAUCUAUGUCAUUAAAGUGAAGGGUGUAUUCAAUUAGAGGUUUUUAUUUGCAUAGUUAAUUCAAAUUUAACUGAUUAUAAUUGGUUUGAGUAGUGUUAUUUGAAUAUCUAAAAGUUUGUAUCAGUGAAAUACUAAAAUAAGAUAUAAGAAUAGAAAAUACGAGUUUAAAUUAUUUUUUAUUUAUCCAUAUUUAAACUCAAUUUAAUUUGUGUAUAAAUAUAAGAUGUUAGAUUUGUAAUUAUUGCAGAAAUCUCUUAUUUGUUAUUAAUGAAAAGAAUCUCUCUUGUGAAGCA